AUGGAAUGCAGCGCCGAUGACGGCUCGACUCCGGCGAUCGCCGAGGAGAGCGGCGACUCAGAGCACAGCCCCGCCACCGCCGCCGCAGCAGCCACCUUUCUGAGCGACGUCGCCGGCGGCAAAGACGACGACGACGGCGACGACGACGGCGAUGCGGAGUCCUGCAUCGUCGACGGCGGCGGCGGAUUCCCCCGCCGCGGCUACGAGUCCGACGACGACGGCGAGGAAGACGAUAGGGAUUACACGGCGAUCGGUUGGAGGCCGCGACUAGCGGAGGAGGAAGUGGCUGGGGGGGAGGACGUCGAGGUGACGUCGGAGAAGCCGAUCGCCGGAACGGUAGAUCGGAUCUUCUGGGAGAGGUGCCUGGAGCAUGGAUAUCCCUGA